AUGCAGGAGCGAAUUGGGCUGCUUCUGGGCGGCAGCCUGAUGGGCUACGCGGCGUAUGCGACGAUCCAACAGCACGGCGCGGAGCUCCUGACGCACCGCGACGAGCGGUCGGUGUCGCUGCGGGCCGCAGCGAUGAUCCUCGCCGGAACGGUGAUGAUUCUGAUGUCGUAUAUAAGCACGGUGCAGCUGAAGGAGGUCCGCCUCAGUGGCGAGCACCUCUCUCAGAGGACCGCGGUGCCGUGCUGCAGCUACGACCUCCUGCCCGUCGGCACCCGCGCCGCGGACACCCUCACUGUCCUCAAGAAGUGA